GCGGUGCUUGAGUCGGCUGCGCGCUUCAGCCAGGCUGCGGCGGAGCUGCAGCUGAUGGGCGUGUGGCGCCCCUCCAAGCGGCGGCGCGUAGCUGCGGUGGUGCGUUCGUUCGUGCCCAUGCUGGUGGCGGGGCCGCUCGAGGGAUUGGGGGCGGUGUAUGAGGACGACGACGACGAGUGA